AUGUCAUCAGUUACGAAAAGACCUCAGCAACCACUAGCAAAGAAAAAAGAGAUCACAGGUCGAAAUGUAAAACAAGAACUUACAGAGGACCAGAAACAAGAGAUCCGUGAAGCAUUUGAUCUUUUUGACACUGAUAAGUCAGGGACAAUCGAUAUCAAAGAGUUAAAAGUAGCUAUGCGAGCGCUUGGUUUCGAACCAAAAAAGGAAGAAAUAAAAAAGCUUUUGACAGAAUUUGAAUGCGAUAACAAAGAUUCUAUUGAUUUUUCGGAUUUUCUAAAAAUGAUGGCAGUCAAAAUGCAAGACAAAGAUGCAAAGGAAGAGAUGCUUAAAGCUUUUCGUCUAUUUGAUGAUGACGAAACUGGGAAAAUAUCUUUUAAAAAUCUUAAGCGUGUAGCUAAAGAGCUUGGUGAAAAUCUUACAGAUGAGGAGUUACAAGAAAUGAUUGACGAAGCUGAUCGUGAUGGUGACGGCGAAGUUAACGAACAGGAAUUUCUUCGGGUCAUGAAAAAGACUAAUCUCUACUAAGUAUUGAUGUACAUAUAUUUCUUGUUAAUUAUAACUGUAUUAUGAACUGA